GACGACAAAAUAGUAAGUACUCUAGUGAUAUACCUACUGUUGAUGGCAUGGUAUAGUAAAAAAUAUAAAACUCACUGGUACGACAAGUUGUUUAGAACUGACCUAACCCUACCCAGUACUUGUCAAAAUUGGCAAAUGUGACCCCGUCGACAAAUUUGCAGUUGCCAAGAAUACCAACCUGCGUUAUCUAGACGACAUUCUACCCAAAUGGACGAACCGGUAAAACGGCGCACCCAAGCAAACGGCGAUGAAGCGCGGAAGUCUCUCCCACGCUCCUCCCUAUCUACCGCCGGUACCAGAAAAGAAAGUAUGCCAAGGCGAAGCACUGUAUCGCGGGGUGCCCAGAAGGGUAGCAGUCGUUGCCGGCAAAACAGCAUGUCGCCGAUACCGUCCUCUAUUUCCACGCCGCCCCCUACACCAAAACCGGAAAUGGUAGCCGCCAGCACCGAUAACCCCAAACUGCGUGAGCCGGGGUUUGUGACGCGGUUGCUAUCACGAAUACGCCAACGGCGCCGCGUGAAGCAAGUGAAGAAGAAGAUCGACCGCGUGACCAAGCACAAAUUGGAUAAGGCGGUUCUGGAGGAGCUCGGCAAUCAAGUGGGCAUCCAAGUCCCGUCCAACGCGCAACUCACCACCUACGUAUCGGAAGGCGUUGGUCCGGAUGAAGAUGACAAAAGCGAUUCGGAGCAGUUCACCGAGAAUGACUUCCGCAUUCGGGAUUUUGUUAAUCUCCUCGGUGUGGACCCGCACGUGCCACACCGCACAGCGCUGGAACUGUUUACCGACCGAGAACGUUUGGUGGCCGAGAAGAAACUCGCGGUGUCCUCAAAAACAACGAACGCCGCCAUAUUACAGAAUUUAGAUUUCGAGAAGAUCGAAGACUACGAUGAAGAGUUUCUCCUGGUCUGGGAUUUGGAUGCCGGUGAGGAGCUGAUCGACUACAUGGACGAACAGAUAGAAGCAUACCAGUGUGAGUACGACCAACUGUGCGAAGAGAACAGGACGCUGAAAACUCAACUCCUGCAACUGAAACGCCGGAAGCAGGAUUCCUAUUUCCGGGUGAAGGAUCUGGAGACGAUCGCCGCGGAAGCUGAGAAACGCUACGGCCGCUUACACCGCACCCGCCCGUCCAAGCGACAGUUAGAUAAACUGAAUACUAGCCGUAGGAAAAUGGUCAUCGUGGCGGCAUUGCUGGAUCAGCGCGAGGAACUCUUCCGUGAACACCGGCGUAUCCACCGCGAGCUGAGGAUGGGAAAUAACGCAUACCGCAAAGAGGAGUACGAAGCCAAUAAAGAGAUCAAGAAAACAUUUCGGCUCCUUCAAGAGUCCGUGAAGCUGUACCAGAAAGCGCUGAAGGAUGAAGAACUGCGGCGGAAAGAUUUAGCGCUGAUCCGGCAAGAAAUGAAUUAUCUAUCCGAAGAAAUCGGCUUGUAUGUCUUCCAAGACGGGAAUUCACACCACAGUCUUCAAGUAGCGGAGGCGCUGGCGUACCUCUCCAAGAACGUCCAGGUCCCCGAAGAGAAAGCCAACCCGGUGAAGCGACUAUCACAGAUGGAACUCAGUUUGAGCAAUUUAAAGGCAACGGGAUUCCAGUAUAUGAAAACCGUCAAUGACACCCAUACCGAAGUGUUGUGGCAUGUCAACCAACGGGAGGAUAUUCUAGCCAGUCUGAUACGGGAAUACAUGGAGCGGAAGGAGAUCUUGAAGAUCGACCCGAAAGUAUUAAAGGUCAUGCACGUGCAGCGUCAAAAUGUCCCGCUGAUUGAGAUGCAGCUGGCGGAGCAGACCGGGAUCGCCGCCGAUAUGGAGCCGCGGUGGUUGGCGAUUAAAGAUGAGAAUGCGCGACUACGGGAUAUCGUGGUUCGGUUGUCGGUGGUGUCGCACAGUCGCCGGAAGAGUAAGCAAGAAAUUGUGGAGGAAGAGAAGUUGCUGCGACGGCAGUCGUUGGAGCAGUUGUGUGCCACGAUAAACGAAGCCAGCGAAUUCGAGGAGGAUGAGUUCGCUCCACUCGAGCCGCAGUGCGCCUGCAAAGAGGAGGUGGUCGCGAUAGAUACAUGGGGCGAAACCACCGAUACCGAUCAGUUCUGUGACAUGGAAGGGAGCUAAUAUACGAGUAUCACAAAGCUAUUUUUUGCAUCUCCGCUUUUGGUUCUCAUAUUCUGAUUCCGUUGGAUUCCUUUUUAAGUAAAUCACUCAAGAGGUUAUCGUACGAUGUGAUGCAUGAAUAUUAUUAAGCAUUUUCUUAUUCCUGGUUGGUAAAUGGAAAUUGAUACUGGUUUUUGUUCAAUCUGUCUCACUGGCAAUCCUAACGCUCGCUCGAUUAGUACUUUGUAUUAUUAAUUUUAAGCUUCAUAAUCUGCGUCGAAACCUGGCAGCAUUGA